UUUUUUUGUGUAUGGUAUGUAUCUAAAUCUUGAAACGAAAAACAUCGACAGAUGGCUCAAGAUCAUGUUAUGACUAAUAUUUCCAGUUGAAUUUGUAUAGACAUAUAAAAAUUAUAUUAAUUAAAGUUAAGUGCAAAUAUAGAAUUGAAAAUAAUUAAUUUAAAAAUAAUGUUUCUGAAUAUAAAUCGAAUUUAAAGUUACAGUUUCGUAUAUUUGUGCAUCGAGGUAAAUAGCGAAUGAAACAUGGCGUUUGUUUCUUUCAUAUGUUUCGAAGAUAUUGCUUCUUGAUUUUUUCUUUUAAGUUCUUAAUUAUCAACGCGGAUAAUACGCGACCGAUGAACUGAGGUUUUUUCCUCAUAACACUUCUUCGUAAGUGUACAAACAAUCAAUGCUUAUUUCCUAUAUUUAAGUUUAAAAAAUGAAGAAAAAUAUCACUUGUGUCUUUUGAGAUGUGGAACAUUUUUGAAAUAUUGAAGAAUACAGUAUGACGUCCCGUAGUUACACAAAAUCUUACAGUCGUAAGGUCAGUAGUGUGACACCUGGGAGUAUUCAAUUUGAUAAGCUUUUUAGAGAAAAUAGCAAUCGACCUUCUGCUGCUAAAUCAGCAGGUACUGUUGGAAAAUGGGGUAUAACAUCUUUUACAUCUAUCAGAAGUACGAAUAUCAAUGGAAGGAGAGAUGAUAUCCAUAAUACAUUUGGUGCAAAAAGAGUAAAACUUGAUUAUGGAAAUCAGAAUGCUCGUGUAAAUUCUGGGAAAGAUCCAUUUUCUUUUGAAACUGAUCCUGACAAUAAACCAGAUGUUGCACCACCAAUUGUUAAACCUAAAAAGUUUUUUAAGAGUAGAAAUGUUCCAUCUUCAAUAGAAGAAUCUCGCCAGGAUGUGGCAAUAUACAGACAAGUACCUGAUUCGCAUUAUGGUAGAGCUCGUGCUCAAAAAACUUCUCCACAACCACCACCACCACAACCGAAACAAUCUUUAACAAAAAUAUCAAAUGCUCCAACUAAAAAAGUAGCAGAUACUUUAGAAGGAAUUAAUAAUGAUCCUCCUAUUAGAGAAGAAGGAAAACCUCCUAUUGUAUUGAGAAUAUGCAAGGGUACAGCACAACUAGUCUGUGGAAAUGUACAAAACACUCAACAACCAGAACCUGAAACUUAUAGAAUUUCUACACCUCUCAUUAGUCCUACAAAAGUAGAUAUGGAACGCAAAAAUUUUAAUGUAGAUACAUUAAAAUCUGAUCAUAAGACAGUUCGUUCUCAAGAACCUAUUAUCUCCACUGUAUCAAUACCAUUAGAAAAUUCAGAAAUGCGUAGAACUACCCGUAGUCGGGCAAAAAAUUUACAAUUAGAUUUAACUACAUCAUCUUCUAUUGUAUCUACAGCAACAUCUAAUUCACAUAGUUCUGGUCUUUCUUUAACUCUUAGGAAAUCUGUUACCGAUUCCAAUAAUACAUUAAUAUCUCAUUAUGAUAUUGUUAAGACUGAUUGUGGUUCUACAUAUUCUUGUAAACCAGCAAUUGAACCAUUAAUUGGGCGUGAUCAGCCACUGCCAACUACAACUCAAGAAUUAAUCGAUAUAUUAUCAAGUGAUUCUGAUCCUAUGCAAACAAGACCAAUGAUAAUAAAUACUUCAGAGACUGAAGAAAAUACAGAAACUGUUCCAGAUGACGUUCAACAUUGUUCUAUAGAUAUUCCAACAAAUGAAGUAAUUUCUGAAUCUUCUUCACAACAUGAAUCAAAACCAGAAUUAGAAUCAGUAUCAGAAUUAAAAUCAGAAUCAGAAUCAACACUGGAGUUAGGAAUAGAGCCAGAACCAGAACCAGAAACUGAACCAGAUCCAGAACCAGAACCUGACACUGAAGUAGAAACAGAACAAAGUACUCGUAUUACUGAUAAUGACACAGCUACAGCUAAAACUUUAGUUGACCAAGAUUGGUUUUCUGGAAGUGAUGAUAGUGAAGGUGUGAAUGGUAAUGCAGAAAAUGAUAUAGCAUUACAUGUAACAAGUACAGUUACAGAAUCACAGCCAUUAAGUACUCCAUGUACAACUAUUCAGAAACCUGCUACUAAAAAGGGAAGUAUUUUUAAAAGUCGCUCUACAGGUGCAACAAAUGGAAAUAAAAGAAGAGCACUGUACAAACAUAAAUGGUGUGAUAGUGAUAAAGAAUCUAGUACUACAGAUACUUCUAAUGUUGGAAAUAGUACACCUAUUAUUGCUUCAGGAUCUCAUAGUGGAACAGGCCCUGUAGCAUAUGAAGAAGAAUUUGAUCCUUCACAACUAACAAGAGUUGUAACAUAUCCUGAAACUGAUACAGGUUUUGAAGAUGAAUCUGAUGCUAUAACAAGUGUUCGUUGUGGUAGGAAGAUAAAGGGGUUCUACACAGUAGUAAAAAAUGUGAAAAAAGCUCAUCAAAUUCAAGAAAGUGGAGAAUUUCAAGAGUUUAAUGAUGAUGUUGAAUAUAUAUUAGAUACUUUAAGAGAAAACAAUCCAAAUGCUACUCGUUGCCUUUCAGCUAUAAGAUUGGCAAGCAAAUGUAUGGCACCUGCAUUUCGUAUGCAUGUACGUGCUCAUGGAACUGUUGCUAAGUUCUUUAAAGCUCUUCAUGAUGCUACAAAAGAUCAGAGUCUUGCUCUAUGUACAGCAACAGUAAUGUUUGUAUUAAGUCAAGAUCGUUUAGCUAUGGAUUUAGAUCGUGAUUGUUUAGAACUAAUGUUAAGUUUGUUAGAAUCUGAUGCCAGUCACAAGGAUGCACUUGAUGAUUGUGGCCUUAGUCGAGCAGAAUUGUUAAAAAAUAAAGAAAAAGUACGCCAGUUAUGCGCUGAUAUUCAAGCUCAAGGACAUGCAAAACAUUUAAAUCUCGAUAAUAUAACUGUUGGUCAACUUGCUAUGGAGACACUUCUUAGUCUUACAUCAAAACGUGCUGGUGAAUGGUUUAAGGAAGAACUUAGAGAAUUGGGUGGUUUAGAACAUAUUGUAAAAACAAUCAGAGAUUGUCAUCGCCAUAUUAAUACACAAAAUAUUACAAAAUCUGAUUGGACAGAUCCAUUAUUAGAUAAAUUACGUAAAGUUGAUAGAUGUUUACGUGUAUUAGAAAAUGUUACUCAUAUGAAUGAAGAAAAUCAAGUAUAUUUAUUAAAAUAUGAAAAUGGAAUUUUAGUCAGCACUUUAGCAAAUUUAUAUCAUCUCUGUGGACAAGAAAUUCCUAUUUAUCCUACUAUAGAUCCAAGUGAUAAAACUUCCACUGGUGCUGUUAUUAGAGAAUGUUUGUUUGCUAUUAUUAAAGUUCUUAUUAAUCUUACACAUCGAUUUAACAGACAAUCUUUUGGAAGUAAAUCAUUAGGUUCACAACCAGGUGUUUUAGAUUGCAGUCUAUAUCUUUUAUUGCGCGUACCCGAAUCACUUCCUGAAGAAAAACGUUUUGAUAUGAUGAUGUUAGCUUUGAUUUUAUUGAUAAAUUUAGUGGAACAAUGUGAUGAUAAUAAACAACUUCUUAUCGAAUCAAAAGCUCCUUCAUCAAUAGAAAAUAUUUUUGAUGCAGAGGAAAGUGGAGUAGAAUGUUUAAUCGAUCUAUUUUAUAAACAAGAAGAAUUAGCUCGUGCCGAAGAACAAAAAACUGAUGCUAUUUUAGAUGGUAAAAAAGAUUCUGAACAAACCGAAACUGUAUCAACAACGACUAAAUCUCAAGAAGAAUUUAUUGAAGAAACUGUUACAAAAUUAUUACAAAAAGCUGGACGUCAUAUGGAACACACUUUAAUAGGAGCAUAUGUAGUGCUUUUACUUGGUUACUUAAUAAUGGAUAACAAGGAUUAUGAAUUGCUGGUACGCAGCAGACUUCCCGAUAAUAAUUUUACAACUAUGGUAUCUGUACUUCAAAAAUUUUUCAAUUUCAUGAAUUUAACGGCAUCGAAUGAAGUAAGCAGUUGUGGAAUUGCUGCUACAGAAAAGGUGAUUAAGUUCCUAAAAAUCUCAGAUACCCGUAUUGAAGAAGAGAAAAGUGAAUUACCAUUAUCAGCAUUAGAAGAUCCAAAUAUAAUGCUCCAUUUAUCUUCGUCUUGAUUGAUAUCACAUUUACAUAUUUGAUAUUUUUUAUUAUCCUGGCAAGCAAAAAGAGCCAAAGUUAUAUGUGUCCAACGAAGGAAAUUCUAUCUAUUGCAGUAUGAAUGGACCUGUUUCAUAUUGACUAUAUAUUUUGAUAUAUAUUUAUUCACUUAAGUAAUUUAUUGCUGUACCUUUCAUUAAAUUGACUUAUUUUCCCAAUAACAAUAACAAGUUAGAUAUUAAGUAUAAAUUAAUUAAUUAUCUAGAAAUUAAUAUGAUAAAAAACUCGCCUUGUAAUUACGCAUAUGGCUCACUUAAAUUUUUUAAUAGCAUGUAUGUAAUAUUAUUAAUUUACUCGCUUUAUCUAUCAAUUAUUUUUUUUAAUUUUCUAACUGUCAAGAAGAAUGAUUAUUUGUGAAAUUCUUGACAGAUAAUUCAUUUGCUGUAUAAUGCUACAUAAAUUUUUAAUUUUAUUUUGAAAUUUCAUUUUAUUUUACAUUUUAAGUUUUGUUAUAUGAUUGGCGGUGUUGGGGUUUAUUGCAACCCAUUUAAAAUUUGAAAUAGCAUUAUUUUGUAAGUUUAUUUUAAUAUUAAAAUUAUAGUAUAAGCCUUGUAAAUGUAAAUUUAUAAAUUAUAAUUGUAUCUUAAACUCACAGUUUCAAGUUAUUGGAUCCCAUUAAGAGAUAUAGGAUUUCAUGAAUCUUUAAUAAAAUAUUUUGUCUUACAAUUUCAGAGAAAAAAUAAAUAAUAUAUUAUAUUGUUAUGUGUAUACAAUAAACUAGCUCCAUAAAUUA